GAGAGCGGAAAGAGCGAGUCAAGAGACGAAACGAGUAGUGCGCCAUUAAUCCUGCUCCUAUAGAUACGGGAAAAACAACACCUGUUGGACACUAACAUCUGUGUUACAGGUUAACUCUUUGAUUUUACAUUAGACACGUUUGAGGAAGGUACUUUUUGAAAUUUAUUCAUCAUGGUAACCAGGAAGGGGGACACACAGAAGCAAGCUUUCAACUCUAAGCAGAGCACUGUGAUGUAGAGCCGCUCCUUAUUGACUUUCUCACAGUCAUGGAGCUGAAGGUUUGGGUGGAUGGCAUUCCACGUGUUGUUUGUGGCCUAUCAGAAGAUACAUCUUGUCAGGAUGUAGUCAUUGCUCUUGCCCAGGCUAUAGGACAAACAGGUCGGUAUGUUCUCAUCCAGAAACUACGGGAUAAAGAACGGCAGCUUGUGGCCAAUGAAUGCCCAUUGGAGUCCCUGGCUAAACUGGGUCAGUUGGGCAAUGAAGUGCAAUUCAUCCUACGGCGCACCGGCCCCACGAGCAGUGAAGCCUUAGACCAAAGUCGAGCCCCGCAAUUACCCAGACCCCCAGAUCCAGUGCCCCUCAAACACAAAGAGCCAAAAAAAGGUCUUACUUUCAAUCUUGGGCCCUCCACAUCACCCCGAACUCAUGUAAAACAGGUUGAAAAAUCACCCAGAGACUCCCAAGCGCGAGGGGUGUCCCCAUCUCCACCCUCGUCUCUUGCCCAAGCUGGUCCAUCCAAAGACUCACUCUAUCAGCAGAUUCUACGACAACAGGGGCAGCUACAGUCUCUGCAGGGACAGCUGGAGGCUCUAGAGAGGGAGAUGGCCGUGUGGGAGCAGGCUCCUCCUCCAACCCUUUCCCCUGACCUCCUUGAGGAAAUGGACCACCUACAGCAGUUUUUUAGGAGGAACGAGGCUGAGCUGGCCCAUACGCAGUACUGGGAAAAUGAAUUUCAGUCUGAAGUUCAAAGAGAAAAGGAAAUGCUACAGAAAAUAAAUGAACUCCAUUUAUCUCUAGACAAACACAGUCGAAGGCUGAUGAAACAGACAGCCAAUCUGAGGCUGCUAGAGCGAGAUAUUCAUGUUCUUAGUGAAACCAAGAGAAAUGGUAUGCUUCAAGCCAGACCCAGUGUUGAAGAAUCUGUACUCAUAGCGAAAGAACAACUGGACAACCAUCAGCGUCAGGCAGCUGAACUGCAGGCAUCAAUUGAAGAGACAGAAAAGGUGCUAAGGCUGGCAGAUGAACAACUGCAGGCUAAAACCAAGGAAAUGGAUGAUCUGAACAAGGAGCUACGCCAGUGUAACCUGCAGCAAUUUAUCCUGCAAACAGGAGUCACUCCAGCACAAUCCAAUCAGCAAACCGAAGAGAUCGAUUUUGCUCUCCUCAAGCCUGAUGGACAGAGUGAUGAAGAUUCAAAUUCCUCCAUCUUGGAGUUUAACCCUCGCACCACUGCCAAGCAAAUCCUUGGGAACCCACGCAGCCUCCAGAACCCGCUUGUCUCCAGCCUUCAUCCAGAGGUCCUGUCAUCAAGAGAGACAUCAUGGCGAUAAAGUCUGGACUACAACCCCAAGGAAUUAUUCACUGUUCACUUUAUAUUAUUUCUGCUUAAUUUUAUCUGAAUAUGUUAAUUAUAGUUUCUUUUGUAUGAUACUCUGUGAAAUGCAUUUGUGAAAACAUACUGUAAGAAAAAGUCUUUGUAAAUACAGUGCUGUCUUUGUAAUUAUUAAACAGAUUAAGAUUUUUGAAUGUAUUUUAACAAUCUUCAUAUAUUUCAUUAACUAAAAACAUACCAAAAUAAAAACAAAUCAUUACAA